AUGCGAAAAAACGAACGCGUCACUUUGUGGUUAAUGACAAGAGACUAUAGUCACCCGUAUGAACCCUAUAAAAUUCAGAAUGAGUUAAUGGAUGCAAUCUAUGAAACCGUAAACAAUGGUUUUAAAGUCGGCCUCUUUGAAAGCCCCACAGGUACAGGAAAAACGUUAUCUAUCAUUUGCUCCACGAUGACAUGGCUCCGAGAUUUCAAGCAGGAAAACGACACCAAUAUUGCUUACAAAGGUAACGCUCUGGACUCUUCGAAUGAAAGUUCCGAUGAUGAACCUGAUUGGGUCAAAGCGGCGCACAGAAAAUCUAUUCUCUCGCGUACUAAAGGUAGAGCCAUUGACUAUGAGAAGCAUUUGCAAGGCCUCAAGGACCAAGUGCUUGAUUUCACAGAGUUGGAAGGAAGGAAUAAUCUAAAAAAGAAGAAAGAGUCUAUCGAGUACGAUACGUUCGUUCCAAACGACUAUCAUAGUGAUUCGGAAGGUAAUCUGAUCGCGGUUAAGAAUUCUAGGCUUUCCGCAGAGAAUACUGCCAUAAUGAAGCGUCUUUCUGGCAACGAUGUAGAAUCCUUGUACCCUCCCGAAUGUCCUCAUACCAUUCUAUUUUCUUCACGAACGCAUUCCCAAUUAUAUCAGUUCGCACAUCAAUUACAACUACCGUCUUUCCAUUCAUCAUUGGAGGAGAUUACCGAAUAUACAAAGUUUGUGGCCCUUGGUUCCAGAAAACAGCUAUGUAUCAAUGAUAAGGUCAGGCUGCUUGGUAACCUAAAUUCCAUAAAUGAUGCGUGUGUUGAUCUUCAGAAGAAGGACCAGCCAUGCGACUUCUUUCCAAAAAUAACAAAGUCGGGUGUUCUGGAAAAAACGAAGAGCUUCAUCGACAAUUGCUUCGUGAAAGUAAAUGAUAUCGAAGAUGUUGCACUGUUGGGUAAAAAAUUGGAGAUCUGCCCAUAUUACACCGUUAGAAAUGCCACAGAUUAUGCAGAAAUCAUUGCGUUGCCAUAUCAGCUUCUUCUACUGAAAUCAGCGAGAGAAUCACUAGACUUGAAGAUCGAGAACUCAAUUGUGGUUAUUGAUGAGGCUCACAAUUUAAUUGAUACAAUAUCAUCAAUGAACUCGGUGAGGUUAUCUCUUUCCGAAUUGACCAUGUGCAUUAACGGACUAAAAUUGUAUUUAAGCAAGUUUGCCCGCCGCCUUAAUAGUGGAAACAGAAUUUAUCUCGUCAAACUAAUAAAGCUUUGUCAAGUUGUUCAAAAGUUCAUGACGAAAACGCUAUCAUACAAAUCUGGUGAUAAAGUUGACCCUUUAGAGAUAUUUCAAGGCAACACUGGAGAUCUUAUAAACGUCAAUAAGCUUAACAAGUAUUUGUCCAAGUCAAAAAUCGCCUACAAGAUUGAAAGCUACUUAGAACACGUCGAUGAUCAAAUUUCAAAACAAUCGAGUUCAAAUCCAAUUUUAUUCAAAGUCGUGCAAUUUCUCGAAUGCCUAACGAAUACAUCCAAUGAGGGGGAAAUAAUCUGGGAUAUGCAAGAAGAAAAUGUGACGCUUCAGUAUAUUUUGUUGGACCCUAGCAUUAUUUUCGAGGAUGUCUUAUCCCAGGCGAAAUGUGUCUUACUUUGUGGAGGAACAAUGGAACCUAUGGACGAUUUCAAGUCUUACUUAUUUCCCAAUAUCCCCUCUAACCUUGUGAAAACCUUCACAUGUGACCAUUUAAUACCAAAAGAGAACUUGAAAGUGUUUGCAGUGAAGGCAACCAACAACUUAGAUUUUGAGUUUUCCUUUCAAAAAAGAUCGCAACCAUCCAUGAUGCGUGAAUUGGGCCUUCUUAUUGCUAGACUCUGUCAGUCUAUACCGUCUGGUGUAGUGAUUUUCUUCCCUAGCUACAAGUACUUGUCUCAUGUGUUCUCUUUAUGGUCUUCCUCGGGAAUUCUUGAACGGAUUUCCAGCUCGAAAACGGUGUUUCAAGAGCCAAAAGACUCCCAAGAAGUGGAGAGCACAUUACAAGAAUACUCCAACGCUGUAAAAUCUAGCUUCAAAGGAGCUGCUCUUUUCGCCGUUGUGGGUGGAAAAAUGGCGGAGGGUAUAAAUUUCGCUGAUGAUUUAGCCAGAGGAGUCAUUGUAGUCGGGCUUCCAUACCCAAAUGCAGCAGCAACAGACUUGGUUGCAAAGCAGAACCACAUUGUUCGAACGCUCAUCGCCAAAGGAAAAUCUCGAUCAGAAGCCGCAAAUGCAUCUAGAGAUUUUUAUGAGAAUAUUUGUAUGAGAGCAGUCAACCAAAGUAUUGGCAGAAGCAUAAGACAUGCUAAUGAUUAUUCAACGAUUUUCCUAAUUGACCAAAGAUACUCGAGGAAAAAUAUUAGACAAAAACUAAGCAAGUGGGUCCGCAAUCAGCUAUCUGAUUCUGAUCAAAACAUCGAUGAGAUUAUCCACUCCACCGAGAAAUUCUUCGAAUACCACCGAUACACUGUUAAUAAGUAA